AUGCAAAAUAGGCUCUUUUCUUAUGUAUAAACGCGUGGGGGGCCAUUUGCCCCGGUCUCUCCUUGGCUUUGCUUAAAUCUGAGCCUCCAGUACUAUAUUUGCAAGGUUGACGGCGAUUUUUCUAACUUAUCUUUUCUCUCUUCUCUCCCUACCUUCUCUCUUCCUCCAUUUGAUUCCUUUUUUCCAAUUCUUUCCACCUCCCUCCCUCCCUCUCUCUCUAUCUCUCUCUCCAAAUAUUGCAACUGUGCAUUGACGAGACUAAGCUUUCCAUCCCUUCCUCAUAAAGUUCAAAAACUACGCGUCCUUCCCAACACUCACUCACCAAAACCCUAAUUUUAUCUCUUUUUUUUCUCUCUCUCUCUCUCUCCCUCAUCCUUCAAAUUCAUGCUCAAUUCUCACGGCCGAUUACAAUCCACCACUCCACGGCGGAUCGUCCUGAUCGAUUCUCAUGGACGACAACAACCAAAAACGCGAUCCACUAACCACGACCGAGUUCACGACUCACACCUGGACUCCCGACUCGGACAGCGCCUACUUCUUCAAUACCCACGACAGAGACAACAACAUACUCAGCGACUUCGGCUGGAUUUUCAACCCGGAAGCCUCCAAACCCGAUGACGGCUUCCCCUGCCUCGACCCCAUCGCCGCCGCCGCCGACACGUCCGAUUUGGCGGGAACUACUAGUAGUGGUCCUCUUGUUUUGGAUAACAACAGCAGCAGUAGCAGCGCCGCCUUUGGGAGCCCCGACCCGGCCCCUGUUGUCGGAUCCGCUUCGACCAAUCCGUCAGUGUCAACGAGCUCCAGCGAGGAUCCGCCUGAGAGGUCUACAGGCUCCGGUGGCAAACCACCGUCCGAGAUACCGUAAAAUAUUUUGUAGGAGUAAGGUUAAAAUGAAGGGGCCGAAGAGAAUCCGGCAGCCACGAUUCGCAUUCAUGACAAAGAGUGAAGUUGAUAAUCUUGAGGAUGGCUACCGUUGGCGGAAAUAUGGUCAGAAGGCUGUUAAAAAUAGCCCCUUUCCAAGGAGCUAUUAUCGCUGCACAAAUACCAAAUGCACAGUGAAGAAAAGAGUUGAGCGUUCCUCUCAAGAUCCCACAACUGUAAUUACCACAUAUGAAGGCCAACACUGUCAUCAUACAGUUGCAUUCCCUCGUGGGGGAGUCAUGGGUCAUGAAUCUGGCUUUACAGGCCACCAGUUGUCUCAGCUGCCUCCAGCCUCACAGUUCAUGUAUUAUCCAACAAUUCGACCGAGAGAGAUAACUAGUCCUAUUAAUUUGACCCCAACCUCGUCGCACCAAGUAGUAGUCCCACGUCAUGACGAUGAUCAAGCUGCAGGAGGAUCAUCCCACUCCACUGACCGUCAGCCAACCCCACCUCUUCCUACAGACGAAGGGCUUCUUGGAGACGUUGUACCUCCUGGGAUGCGAAAUUGAUGAGGACACGGAUAAAAUGGUAGGGCCGUAGGAUCAAUAUUGUUAAAUUAGCUUGGCCUACGUCGUCUCUACAGGCCAUGCAUGCGGGUAGGCUUAGCAGCUGCAUUAUCUUCAGCUUCUGAUCUAGCUAGUAUAUAUUGAGCUUUGUAUGUAAAUUAAUGGAUUAUACCUCAUGAACAGAAUCUUUCAUUUUUGGUAUAUAUAUAAAAAAGGUCAUACCCGGUGCACAAGGCUCCCGCUUUACGCAGAGUCUGGGAGAGGUGAAUGUCGGCUAGCCUUACCCCCAUUUAUGGAGAGGUUGAACAAAUUAUCCCAAGAAUAUCAUAUAUUUAUUCGCAACGUUAAUUGCGAAAUUUGAUUAA